GGCGAACUUUGCGCUGCAAGGCUUUCUACAGCGUCAACGGCUCUGUGUACUGCGAGGAAGAUUAUUUGUUUUCAGGGUUUCAGGAGGCGGCUGAGAAAUGCUGUGUCUGUGGUCACUUGAUUUUGGAGAAGAUCCUACAGGCAAUGGGGAAGUCCUAUCACCCAGGCUGCUUCCGAUGCAUCGUUUGCAACAAGUGCCUGGAUGGCAUCCCCUUCACAGUGGACUUCUCCAACCAGGUGUACUGUGUCACUGACUACCACAAAAAUUAUGCCCCUAAGUGUGCAGCUUGCGGCCAACCCAUCCUCCCCUCAGAGGGCUGUGAGGACAUCGUGAGGGUAAUAUCCAUGGACCGGGAUUAUCACUUUGAGUGCUACCACUGUGAGGACUGCCGGAUGCAACUGAGUGAUGAGGAAGGCUGCUGCUGUUUCCCUCUGGAUGGGCACUUGCUCUGCCAUGGAUGUCACAUGCAGCGGCUCAAUGCCCGACAGGCCCCUGCCAACUAUAUCUGAGCUGCAGUCAACUGCUGCUUCCAUCACCAUCGCUGACAAACUCCUCUGGCCAGUGGGCCCCUCUGAGGCCAGCCAAGGCACUGAAUGCACUCUGCUGGCCUGGCAGAAGAGUCCUCUGGGGAGGGACCCAAGGGCCAGAGACCCAAAGAUCGUAACAUUCCAAAUGGGUUGUGGAGGAAGAACCUUCUAUUGCCAGGGUGGGGGUGACUGGCCUUCUUUCCACAUGUGCAGCCUGUGCUGUAACAUGCUCAGACACACACAGGCGGGUUCUAAUACUUUCUGAAUGUUUUAUGCUGGUCUGUAUCUCCAGUACAUAUUUGUGCCUAAGUCAAGCAAUGCUCUGGUGUUCUGGAUUACAGGAGGAGAGGACCUAGCUUUAGGU